CUUUCAGAACUGUCAUACAUUUGAGGGCUUUGCUUAGUCGGUAAGAAGGGAUAUAAAUGAGCAAAUGAUUACACAUCCUAGUCAAAUUGAAAUUGAAUGGGUAAAGUAACAAUUGGUGUAAAACUUAAUUAUAAUGACAUGUUUUGCUGUGAUGUGACAAAGUGCCUUUAUUCAGCAGUCUUCUAAUGAUGAUGUGAUUUAUGAUUUAAAAGGCCUGAACCAAUAUGGAUGUUAUACCUUGCAUCAGAAGUAUAGCACCAACACCUAAUUAGCUCUCUCCUGAGCCCAAAGUCACUGAGCCCAACUCUCCCUUCAUGAUGCAGUGUGUGUUUUGAGAUAAAUGAUAUAACAUUAAGCUCAAGGUGGUUGAGUCUCAAGCAGUAGGGAGGCGGAAGCAAGCCAUGGGAGCUCCGUGCCCACUGAUCCCACGGGACUCACUGAAGACACCGGAACUGUUCUUGCAGUGUUGGGUUUUUGAUGCACUCUGUAUUGUGGCUAUUUGUUUAACUCCUGAUGUGUAGACUAUGGGGAGACUGGAUUACAAGGGGUGGGUAGCGACAAUGAACUGUAAAGUAGUGGGUAAGAACUAAGAAAAUUAAAUAAUUACAAAAGACUUUUGUGUUAUGGGGAUUCUGUGGUAGAUUGUAAAUCUAGGGAUUACCAACAGCUGUAUUGCAUGCAGUUUUUCCAUUACUAGAUAUGUCUCCCCUCAGGUAGCUCGCAUUCUCAGUUCUCACGAGUUUGUGAGUACAAUUUUAAUCAGUCACACUUUUAUUUUGUUACUUUAUUGGGUCCAGUAUUUCAUCUGGGGAAGUUAAAUAAUCUAGUCAGUGUCUUAAAUGUUUUAGAAUGGUAAUCAGAUAUAGUUUAGAGAGGAGUAGAAGGUAGGAAGCCCCAAGUGUGGGACCCUGCCGCCCACUGAUGUUAUGUUAUUCAGCUAUUUCAAUAGCCACGUUUCUUUUUCUCUCCCCCUUCGUGUGUGUGUUGCAGCACCCGGAUAGCAAAAUGAUGCAGAUCAACCUGACAGGCUUCUUGAAUGGGAAGAACGCCCGGGAGUUCAUGAAGGACCUGUGGCCCUUGCUGCUGAGUGCCCAGGAGAACAUUGCUGGCAUCCCCUCUGCUUUUCUGGAACAAAAGAAAGAGGAAAUCAAACAGAGACAGAUCGAACAGGAGAAGCUCGCUUCUCUGAAGAAGGUGGAUGAAGAUAAAAAGGAAAAGGACAAAGACAACAGAGAGAGGGCUCAGUCAAAGAGCCCAAGAAGGAGGAAGACAAGGUCACCAUCACCACGGCGAAGGUCACCAGUGAAGCGGGAAAGGAAACGCAGCCCAUCACGAUCCCCAAGACGCAAAGCCAGUCCAGUUAGUGGCAGUUCACCCCCUCCACCUCUGAUGCAGCUACCGACAAAGCCUUCAGAGCAGCUUGUGGAGUCAGAUACACCAGGAAGCGCCAUGCCAGAACCAGUCAUCCAAGAAGCAUCUUCUACCUGUGAUACAGUUGUGGAGGUGGUAAAAGCAGAUUCUGUGACUGAGGUCAAAGAACCGUCUCCAGAUAAAACUCAUAAGAAAGAGGAAAGGCCGAGGUCUCGUGAAAGGGAGAAGGAUACCAGGAGGGAAAGACCUCACCAUCGCUCCCGCUCUCAUUCCCGUUCUCGCAGGCGACGUUCCCGUUCUCGAUCUUUCUCCCCUCGUAGAAGACCAAGUCCCAGAAGGAGAAUGUCUCCUCGUCGGAGGAGCCCCCCCAGACGUGGCCCCGCUGGCUCCAGACACAGACAUAGACGCUCCCCCGUCCGCAGGAGGCGCUCUCGCUCUGCUUCAUCAUCUGGCAGCAGCUCUUCAGGCUCUCGCUCGCCUAAAAAAGCAAUGAAAAGAAUAUCGAACACACCACCCAGAAAACCGAUGCAUCGUCCUGACACCUCCAUUAGCCCUGCCGGGAAGGACAGGCGAUCGUUGUCCCCUCGAGCAAGAAGGGGCCGGGGCUCUCCUUCCCCACCUAGGUCAUCAGGUUUAAAGCGAAGACAAGGAGGAAGGGGUGAUUCUCCACCUGAUAAUAUCAAACCCAGACUGUCUGAAGGAUCAGAUUCAGAGGAGGAUAAAAAUGACAAAGGGGCAACAGCAGAUUCGGUGCAGCAGCGGCGUCAGUAUCGCAGGCAGAAUCGACAGUCUUCUUCAGAUACAGGUUCAUCCUCCUCAGAAGACGAGGGUCCCAAGAGGCCAGCAGCAGGACCAGGUGCCAGAAAUGGUGAAGUGAGGAGGAGACGCAGCCGCACACCUUCCCCUCGGAGGCGACAUAGAGAUGUCUCUCCCAGAAAAAGACGUUCUCCAUCUCCUCCACGAAGACGUCGCUCCCCUUCACCACCACGGCGUCGCAGGUCACCAUCUCCUCCUAGACGCAGGUCUCCAUCCCCGCCACCCCGUCGUAGAUCUGCAUCCCCCAGGCGAUAUUCUCCCCCGAUCCAGCGUCGAUACAGCCCUUCCCCUUUACCUCUACAGAAGCGGAAACUUUCUAGUUCACCUCCAAAGCGCUCUUCUCCUGGAGCCAAGCGACGCUCCUCCAGGUCCCCUAAGCGCAGGAGCUCUCCUCCCCCAAGGAGGCGCUCACCUCCCUCCUCCAUGUCUCCACCUAGACACAGGAGGAGUCCCAUGUUGUCUUCUGCCAGGCCAGGCAGGGAUACAAGAUCUCCUCUUGAGGCCACCAGGCGCCGCUCCCCAUCCCUUGGAAACCGCAGUCACAAUAUUAGGGGUUCCCGCAGUCCCCAGGGACGAUUUGAAACCUCCAGUACGUCUCCAUCUAACCAGCGAAGAAAGCAAUCCCCUUCCCACAGUAGUAAACUCAUCCGCAGAGUGUCCCGUACCCCAGAGCCACGCAACAACCAGAGAUCCUCUCCGAGCCCCCAGCCUUUGAGGAGAGUGUCCUCCAGAUCUGUGUCUCCUCAACCAGCAGCUCAGAAACGGCCAGUGCCUGCUUCUGCCUCCCCCUCACCCUCUCGCUCUGCCAGUGCGUCUCCACCACCUGCCAAGAAGGCUAGUAGUGGUUCCGGCAGUCGAUCGCCAAGCAAGACUUCGGAUGCUGACAACAGUGGAAAGAAAAAGAAGAAGAAGAAGGAAAAGAAACAUAAGAAAGAGAAGAAACACAAGAAGCACAAGAAGCAUAAGAAGGAGAAGAGUGCUGGCACUGCUGCUGGAGAUGGACAAGAGAACCAGGCUGUGGAGGAGGAUGGAGAGUCAAAAAAGGAAUCCGACAGUGAAGUUGACGACAGCUUGGAUGAUCUGGAAAAGCACCUUAGAGAGAAGGCCCUGCGCUCCAUGAGGAAGGCCCAGCUGUCUCCGUCACAGAUGUCCUGAAAACGAGGGGCUUUCCUACUCUUGAAUUUUCCACUCACCCUUGAUGUUUGUCAUCAACCUGGUUCAGCUUUAGAAUGUACAAAUUGUCAAAUUAGUCAUGUUUUCUUUUUACUGGUUUGGUACAUUCUGAAGAGUGUGUUUCUUUGAGCUUGAUUUGUUGGUUAGUGUAUUAUCUAAACUGUAAAGAAUCUUGUGUUGUCCAUAAUUUUAAAUUGUUGAGCAGGGACAGCGUUUAAGCUCGGAAGUUUGAGUUGGGCAGGUUUGAUAUUUUUCCACAGCCUACAGUAGAUUACAUUGAGAAAUGAUUGCAUGUGCAGUGAUUAUCUCUGAUGUGCAUGAACCACUGACCUUAUGGUGCAUUGGGAAAAGACACCAUGCAGUAACAUACUGUUGCUAUUGCCUUUUAGUAAUGGAAACAGUGACAGAGCUGUAGAGAGGCCGUAACAGAAUGUCUUGUCCCCGUACUGUAUCUUAAUAGAGGUGUUCAGCAUCAUUUAACCUGCUCUUUUUAUGACUCAGAAGUUGUCUUGUUUGAAGACUUAAACAAUCUAAUGUGAUACACGCUUUAAUUCUUUUUUUUUUUCCAAACAAAUUGAUAUGCAAUUUAUGUUGACACCCUUGUAACAAGGUAAUCUCUGUGGGACUGCUAUAGUAUAUGGUUUGUAUUUAGUAACCCUGGCUCUUGUCUUCUUGUCAUCCUUUCAGAAUUAAAACCUUUUUAUAGGACCUGUGGUUUUUGUUAUUGAAUAAAAAGCACAGUGAGAAUUUGU